AUGAGGAAAUUCACCGGCAACAAGGAGAUUAUUAAGCCGGCAGUUACAAGGUUUACCACAUCUUUUCUCUCUCUUCAAAGUUUAUAUAAGCAAAAGGAGGCUCUUAUUAGUAUGUUUUCAUCAAAAGAUUGGUAUGAAUGUGGAUCUCCAAAACAUAAGGAUGCUUAUGAGGUGAGGAACUGGAUCAUUCGUGACACAAGUUUUUGGAACCAUGUUGCUUAUUGCAUAAAGAGUGUCUUGCCCCUUGUUUGUGUCUUAAGAGAGGUUGAUUCGGAAGUGAGACCCGCCAUGGAAUUUAUCUAUGAGUUGAUGGAUGCCGCAAAAGAUAAGAUUGCAAGUAAUCUUGGAAAUGUGGAAGCAAAGUAUGGACUGAUUUGGAGGAGAAUAAAUAAUAGAUGGAGUCCACAACUUCAUCAACCAUUGCAUACGGCGGGUUAUUACUUGAACCCUCAAUUCCGAUAUGAAGACAACUUUAAAAAUACCGAGCAUGUGAAGAAGGGUUUGGAAGAGUGCAUGGAUAGGAUGCUAGUUGGUGAGGCUCAUGUCGCAGCGGAAAUACAAUUGAAUUUAUAUAAGCGAAAGCUUGGGGAAAAAUAUGGGACACAAACACCGGAGUUGAUGGAUUUUGCUACUCGGGUCCUUUCCCUUUCUUGUAGUGCAUCGGGGUGUGAGAGGAAUUGGAGUACUUUUGAAAUGAUUCAUACCAAAAAGAGGAAAAGACUUGAGCACAAGAGGAUGUAUGCUUUAGUUUAUGUGAAAUAUAAUAUUGCUCUAAAAGAUAGGACUUUGAAAAGGAAUGCUACAAUGACCGAUCCUAUAGUAGUGGAAGAAAUUGAAUAUGAUGAUGAAUGGAUAACAGAGAUAGAGGAUCCGGUUCUUUCCGCCGAUCCACAUUGGCUUGAGGACAAUAUGGAAGAUCUAACAUUGAAUGAUGAGGCGGUAAGAAAUGUGCCAAUUGGUACAUAUCAAAGUACCCUAAUUGAUAGAGAGCCUCCUCCUCGUGUGCAUUCUCCUCCUCGUGAGUCUACUCCUCCCCAUGAGCCUACUCUUUCUCUUGGUGAGCCUAUUGUUUUAUACAAAAGGAAAUCUAGUGAAGGAGCAUGUUCAAGUAAAAGAAAGGCUCCAAGGAAAUCAAUGCGUCUUGAUGAUAUUACGGAUGAUGGUAUUAGAAUUAAUCCAUAUGAUGACACCAAUCCUCUCUUCGAGCACCAUGGUGAUGAUAGUGAUGAAGGUGAUAGUGAUGGUGGUGAUAGUUUGGGUGAAGAUAGUUUGGAUGGUGAUCUUCUAAUUGAUGAGGAUGAUGGUUUCCAACGAUGA